UCUAAGCAAAAAUAAAAUAAAAUCAUUUCAUUUCUUACAAAUUUCCAUAUCAUUUCUACUUUCUUCAACAACAACACCAUCGCUGUCCCUUUUUAUCUUUUUCUUUUUGCUGCUGCUGCUGCUGCUGCUGUUGUUGCGGUAAGUAGUAAGUGUUUAGAUGGGGCAGCAAUCGUUGAUCUACAGCUUUGUGGCCAGAGGCACGGUCAUAUUGGCCGAUUACACGGAGUUCACCGGUAACUUCACCGGAAUAGCCGCUCAGUGUCUCCAGAAACUUCCGGCUAGCAAUAAUAAGUUCACCUAUAACUGCGAUGGCCAUACUUUCAACUACCUUGUAGAUAACGGCUUCACUUAUUGUGUUGUUGCAGUCGAGUCUGUUGGCCGACAGGUUCCAAUUGCCUUCCUUGAGCGAAUCAAGGAGGAGUUCACCAAGAAAUAUGGUGGAGGAAAAGCUGCCACAGCAACUGCUAAUAGCUUGAACAAGGAAUUUGGGCCCAAGUUAAAGGAGCAGAUGCAAUAUUGUGUAGAUCACCCCGAGGAGGUCAGCAAGCUUGCUAAAGUGAAAGCUCAGGUUUCAGAAGUCAAAGGAGUGAUGAUGGAAAACAUAGAGAAGGUUCUUGACCGCGGAGAGAAAAUUGAGCUUUUGGUAGACAAAACUGAAAAUCUUCGCUCUCAGGCACAAGAUUUCAGACAACAGGGAACCCAGAUGAGGAGGAAGAUGUGGUUGCAGAACAUGAAAAUUAAGCUGAUAGUGCUGGGUAUCUUGAUUGCCUUGAUUCUCAUCAUAGUAUUGUCCGUUUGUGGAGGAUUCAAGUGUCAUUAGUCUCAAUGAUGACGAACUUAUAGUUUUUUGGUUUGCAACUUUCUGUUAUAGUCUAUAUUACAAGACAGUGUUUGUAUAGUUUGUAUUUUGAAUAAUUUUUGUACUAGUGAUUUUGUUUACGUGUGGAAGCUUGUCAUUCAUCAUUACGAUCUCUUUCACUUGGUGUUGUGAUUUAUGAAUACCAUAGUGCCAUUAAAGCUGGAA